AUGGGGAGCGAAGAUGUCAGCCAUCCCGCACGUCUCAUGUCGGACAAUGUUCGCCGGCAGUCCGAUCAUGCCCCUGCUCAAGAGGGCAGCCUCACCUUGUCAGAUCAUUCAGCACUUACCACCGCCGUUGUGUUGGGAUGCCUGGCCACCAUCUCGGUGGUGAUUGCGAUCCGCCUCAUAGUUAAGAAGAUGAUGGCACCUCAUCGUCUCUCUGCCGACGACUUCCUGGUCUUGGUGGCAGCAGCUUUCACCUUGUCCUUCUGCAUGGUGUCCCUAGGAGCAACUAUGCAUGGUCUCGGCCAACAUUCAUCGGACUUGAUCGAUGCAGGGAUCGACUUGAGGCAUAUAAUCGAGUUCAUGUGGGCCGGCCACAUCCUCUACAGCUUCGCCAUCGCCUUCGCAAAGCUGUCCAUCAUCAGCUCGUACUUUCGCAUAUUUCCACAUGACCGAUUGCACAAGCUGAUGUAUGCGAUGCUGAACGUAACACUGGCUCUGCUGGUGGUGUCCGUGAUUGCGACUAUAUUUGUAUGUCUUCCCAUACAGGCCGCAUGGGACCCUACCAUCAGGGCACAGGCGAAGUGUUACCAGUUUCCGACCUUUCUGUACGCAAGCACAACUGUGAACAUCAUUACGGACGUGGUAUUGUGUACGGCGCCACUUCCGUACUUCCUGCGACUCGGCCUUCCUCGGAAGCAGAAAGUCGGAGCUUGUCUCCUUUUCAUUGUUGGUGGGUCUGCUGUCUUUGCGAGUGUUGUGAAGUUAACGUACAUACAUAAGCUCUACAACACUUCUGACAUUUCAUAUGAUCUCGCCGAACCCCUGAUGUGGAGCAUUCUGGAAUGCAGCAUCAGCAUCGUGUGUCUAUCAAUGCCUUCACUGCGACCCCUCUUCGCCAAACUGGCGCCACUCGUCUUUUUCGCGGGAGACCACAGGCAGCCGAGAGAGAGGUCAAUCAUAACCUCGUUCUCUGACGAGCCACCGAGGCUUGUCCUCGCCCCAACACCAUCUUUUGUGUCUCGCGCUAUUUCUUUUGACAGCCAGUCUUCAACUAUACGAGAGGUCAACACAACCCCAGACUCUAGAGGCACUGGCGGCAAGGUGGUCAUGGUGGAAGAGAUUGUCGUCGAGCCAAAGGCCUGA